AGGUACUUAUUCCUGGGCUGCUAUCUUUGUACCUGACUACAUCCUACCUAUAUACAUACUUAUGUAGCUGUACAUUAGGUACAUACAUACCUACCUACGUAAUACCUACAGCUUACACGCAGCCCCGUACCGACGUAUCCGGAGCCUUAAUAACCUAAUCCACAAUGCCCCGACCCGGGAAACCCCAGUCUGCAGCUGCGACUGCGACUGCAACUACCAAUUCUUCCUCAAUUACCUCCGCCUCCGUUCGAGCGAGGAAACCCGCCGUAGCUGCUGCCGAGAAGAGACGGACGAAUACACCUCACACCGGCGACGGUCCGGCAUCUUCGGAAGACGACGAAGACGACGACGGCUACGCUGCCGGGGAUUCUGCUGCUAUGCCUUCUUGGGCGGUUAGGAAUCGGUGGAUCGUCUUUGCUGUUGCUAGCGGUGCUUGCGCUGCUUUUAACGGCGUGUUUGCGAAAUUGACUACAAAUGAGCUUUCUACUCAUAUAGCCCGGGGAAUCUCGGGACUCUUUGGGCUGACGGACCUGGAACGAGUUGUCGAGAUCGUUGUGCGAGCUAGUUUCUUCGGUCUUAAUUUAGUCUUCAAUGGAGUGAUGUGGACCCUAUUCACACAAGCUCUUGCAAAGGGCAACUCAACAACCCAAGUCUCCAUCAUGAACACAUCUGCCAAUUUUGUUAUCACGGCUUUGCUCGGACUAGUUAUCUUCUCCGAGUCGUUGCCACCGCUCUGGUGGGCCGGCGCCGCAUUACUCGUUGUCGGGAACGUCAUCAUCGGCAGAGGCAAGCAGGAAGAAGGUAGCGAGACAGCAGCUAUCUUGGAUGAGGGUGAAUAUCACGAUGAAGAAAACGUUAGUGACGAUCACGACGCCGAAUCAGCAGCCGAGUUGGGCCGCGGGACCGGCGUAGCCCCGCAGGUCGAGGGCAUCCUGCCCGUGGAGAAGGAUGAUGAGGACGAGGAUGUUGCCCUUUUGGGAGAUUUAAGUUGAAUCGGCGUACGCUUAGGAUAAGCGACAGAUUUAUUGGGGCAGAUAUAGAGAGUAUAUAUUUGGUCUGCUUACCUCUCUCCAUAACGAGCUCAGGGAGACCGGUACCUGAGGCCAAGGUAUAUAUCAAAUAUCCACCUAGAUAGAUGGAUGGAAAUGGAUUUGGGGUUCACCUCAACCCCAUUUAUUCCUUGUUGGGAGUCUGACGCCAAAUACUAUAGCGUGUAUAUAAAAUUUUAGUUAUUUGUAUGGCAUAAAUUAGGUAGAUACCUCUUGAGAGAAUAUGGCUUAACAUGCUUGAAUAAGAGGCAUUUGCUACGAUAUCAUCAAUA